AUGCUCGCCUCCUCCGCCGCGUUCACGGACAGACCGGCGGCGCGACGCGUCUACGGCGAUGGCGACGGCGGUAACAGAGCGAUCGUGCCGCUGUUCCUGGCCGCGGCGUUCCUGUUCUUCGUCAUCUACCAGCUCUUCGGCGUGGCCGCGGCGGCCGUCGUCAUGGCGCUCUUCUGCGCCUUCGCCCUCGCCGCGAACAACGUCAAGGUGACGCGCGGCUUCCCCUUCCUGCGCCGCCUGCCCCUCGGCGCGGGGGAGGGCCGUGCUGGUGGUGGAGGAGGAGCCGUGGCGCGGGCGGCCGCCGGGAUGGACGCCGCGGCCAUCAUGGCGCUCCCGGCGACGUUCGGGUACAAGCGUGACCGGGCGGCGGCGCCGGAGGGGUGGGCGCAGUGCGCCAUAUGCAUCGGCCUGGUGCGCGUCGGCGAGGCCGUGCGGCGGCUGCCGUCGUGCGGACACCUGUUCCACUCCGGCUGCGUCGACGUGUGGCUGAGCGCGCACGCGACGUGCCCACUGUGCCGCGCCGCCGUGUGCGCGGCACUGCCGGCGCCGGAGCUGCCUGUCUGA